CGCCGCCUAUGCGGGCGCCGCGGGGCCGGGCGAGCCAUGGACGGCGGCGGCGGCGGGGCGCCGCCCGCCCUGGAGAAGAACGCGGCGGAGCUGACGGUCAUGGACGUGUACGACAUCGCCUCGGCCGUGGGGCAGGAGUUUGAGAGGGUGAUCGACCAGCACGGCUGCGAGGCCAUCGCCCGCCUCAUGCCCAAGGUGGUGCGGGUGCUGGAGAUCCUGGAGGUGCUGGUGAGCCGCAACCACAUCAACCCCGAGAUGGAGGAGCUGCGCCUGGAGCUCGACCGCCUGCGACUGGAGAGGAUGGACCGCAUCGAGAAGGAGAGGAAGCACCAGAAGGAAUUAGAACUGGUGGAGGAUGUCUGGAGAGGGGAAGCACAGGAUCUUCUUACCCAAAUUGCACAGCUGCAGGAGGAGAAUAAACAACUGAUGACAAACUUGUCUCACAAAGACAUUAAUUUCACAGAAGAGGAAUUUCAGAAGCAUGAAGGGAUGUCAGAGAGAGAGCGGCAAGUCAUGAAGAAGCUGAAAGAAGUGGUAGAUAAACAGAGGGAUGAAAUCAGAGCAAAGGACCGGGAACUCGGACUUAAAAAUGAGGAUGUAGAGGCUCUUCAGCAGCAGCAGAACAGGUUAAUGAAGAUUAACCACGACCUGCGGCACCGGAUCACAGUGGUUGAGGCCCAGGGGAAGGCACUGAUCGAGCAGAAGGUGGAGCUGGAAGCGUAUCUGCAAACCAAGGAGCAGGAGAUGGGCAACCUGCGAGCAGAGCUGGGGAAGCUCAGAGAAAAACUGCAGGGUGAGGACAGCCAGGCCAGCCAAAAUGGGGAGGAAGUAAAGGCAGAACCAAACAAUGAUGAUUGUCUCUCUGAGUCAGAAAAGAUGGCAAUGGACUUAAAAGAUCCCAAUCGCCCAAGAUUUACCCUGCAGGAGCUCCGGGAUGUCCUUCACGAGAGGAAUGAACUGAAAUCUAGAGUGUUUUUGCUUCAAGAGGAGCUUUUAUAUUACAAAAGUGAGGAAAUGGAAGAAGAAACUAGAUCCCCACAGCCUACACCCAUAAUUCAGCCAAAACCCUCAACUCAGCCUGAAUCUGGAAUCAAACGACUGUUUAGUUUCUUCUCUCGUGAUAAGAAACGUAUGCAGGCGUCACAGAAAAAUGUCCACUUCCAGGAAACUUUUGGAGAAUGGUCACAUUCAAACAGAGAUGACUCCUACAUGGAACAGGGACAAGAAGCCCUACAACACCUGUGACUAAACCCCUGAGGUGUUUGGUUUGCUGCAGUAGAUCUCGACAGUCUCGGAACAAGAAGCUUCUGUAAAGCAACGCGGCAGCUCGUCACUAUUACUUGCCUUGCACACCUCGGGGGUUGUUCGGACUCUCCAAAAAGGAUCCCUCGCUGUUCACUUGGUGACUGUUUGCUGCAAACGGGAACCCAAGCUUUGUAGUAACAGUUGCUGACACCCUGGGACAUGGAAGCUUCUAGAUGACUUGUUUUGUGCUGAAUAACAAGUCUAUGAUCUUGUUCAUGCAUUAACUACAGUAACACAAGCUUCUUUAAACCAAAAAAGGACCUGUGCCAUUGUUAGAAGUUUGUUUGCAGUGUAUAUCUAGUACAGGGCAAAGAGUCUUUCACCCUGUUUGUUAACACUA